CUUGGAUGGAAACAAGGUGAGCAGUGAGUCCAGGACAGGACUGAACCCCGACCGUGUACCUGUUCCAUCUACAUUUUCCCCAGUCAUAACCCCCCUGGUAUGAGAAAUGAGCUGUGACAGAGGUUAAGUCCAAGGCACUGUGGGGGCGGCAGAGGGAGAAUCAGAAGCUGGAGGAGUCAGGGCAGGCCUUUGGAAACCUGUUGUUGAUGUGACAGAGAACCGAAGCUGGUGUGGGUGGAGUGCUGAAGGCUGAGACCAGGCCAGCACCCUGUGCUUGAGAGCCCAGCGGGAAAAUAAGGCAGCACUGGGCGUGCCUGGGGCAGGGCACAUCCUGACCCCAGAGGCAGCCAGUAAGGAGGGUAGAUGCAUCUAACCUUACCCUUUGCCCAGAGGCAGGCUCUGAUCUUUAGGAACAGGUAGAAUCUGUACUCAAAAACAAGUCAGCACUUGAACUACCCCUCUUCAUUCCCUGGGGGAUAGUGCUCACACCCUCCUGACACGCUCCACGAGAGGUAAAUAUGAGAAGAGUCCUGUGAAAGUAAACAAGGUAUUUAAAAAGGUCCGAGAAAGCCAAAGCUGAGUCUGAGAGUAUGAGCACAAACUCAGUAGCCAGGGAGGUGGAGGCGUGUUGAGUUCUUCUGCUGAGGAGACAGAGGGGAGCUUUGUGAGGCCGGCCCAGAGGGCUCCCGGCCUCCUAUCCCUGGUUGUGCUGCGUGGUCCUGGGAACAUGCAGGGGCUCCUGCUCGCCACCCUUCUCCUCGCUGCUCCGUCACAGUUUUGUUGCAGGGUGCAGGGUACUGGACCAUUAGACGUGACGCCCGAAGGAAGGCCUGGAGAAGUAUCAGAAGUGCAUCAUCGUAAACAGUUUUGUCACUGGCCCUGUAAAUGCCCUCCGAAGCCCAGUUGCCCUCCUGGAGUGAGCUUGGUGAGGGAUGGCUGUGGAUGCUGUAAAAUCUGUGCCAAGCAACCAGGGGACAUCUGCAAUGAAGCUGACCUCUGCGACCCACACAAAGGGCUGUAUUGUGACUACUCGGCAGACAGGCCUAGGUAUGAGACUGGAGUGUGUGCAUACCUGGUGGCUGUGGGAUGUGAGUUCAACAGGAUACGUUACCAUAAUGGCCAAGUGUUUCAGCCCAAUCCCCUGUUCAGCUGCCUCUGUGUGAGCGGGACCAUUGGAUGCACACCUUUGUUCAUACCGAAGCUGACUGACCGUCAUUGUUCUGGGGCUAAAGGUGGAAAGAAGUCUGAUAAAAAAUACUGUGGCCUGGGCCCGUUACAACAGCAGCUCUCAACAACCUACAAAACAAUGCCAGCUUAUAGGAAUCUCCCACUUAUCUGGAAAAGAAAAUGUCUUGUGCAAGCAACAAAGUGGACCCCUUGCUCCAGAACAUGUGGGAUGGGAAUUUCUAAUAGGGUAACCAAUGAGAAUAACAAAUGUCAGAUGAGAAAAGAGAGAAGACUGUGUUACAUUCAGCCCUGUGACAGUAAUAUAUUGAAGACAGUAAAGAUCCCCAAAGGAAAAACGUGCCAACCUACUUUCCAACUUUUGAAAGCUGAAAAAUUAGUCUUUUCUGGAUGUUCAAGCACUCAAAGUUACAAACCCACUUUCUGUGGAAUGUGUCUGGAUAAGAGAUGCUGUGUUCCCAAUAAGUCUAAAAUGAUUACCAUUCAAUUCGAUUGCCCCAAUGAAGGGUCCUUUAAAUGGAAGAUGCUGUGGAUCACAUCCUGCGUAUGUCAAAGAAACUGCAGAGAUCCAGGAGAUGUAUUUUCUGAGCUCAAGAUUCUAUGAAGUUAAGCACAUGGGGGAAAACUCAAGGUUAGUCAACCCUGUCAUCACAUCAAAAAGUUAAAAUGGUUUUUAAAAAAUGGUGAAACUUCCUUAAUGGUUUAAGAUGGUAAGAAUACCUAUUGACAGAUGGCUGUAUUUAAGGCAUUAGAUUUUAAAAAGUUUCUCCUACAAAAAUAUAUAAAAUUUGAAAGAAAUUAAACUUUUAACUUUAAAAUAUAUUUUCUAAUUAUAUAAUACACAGAUCCUUUGUUCCACCUACAUUUACCAUAUACAAUAGAAAAACCACAC